ACUGUUCUUCAAUACGCUUAUAAAUACUACAUUAUCUCUUAGAAGAAUAUUGUGCAGUGCUCAGUAUUAUCGUUCUCCAUGAAGACUACUAUCGCUUGUUUCUUUCUUCUCUUGAUUCUCGUUCCUCUCUUGGGCACUUCUGUUGACAAAAAAGUGUAUAUUGUUUACUUCGGCCAACAUGUCAAUGGGGAGAAAGCUUUGCAUGAGAUUGAGAAAUUUCAUCUUUCGUAUUUACAUUCAGUGAAAGAAUCCGAAGAAGAUGCUAGAUCUUCUCUUCUAUACAGCUACAAACACAGUAUCAAUGGCUUUGCUGCAAAGCUUACACCAGAUGAAGUCUCUAAGCUCUCUGAAAAGGAGGAGGUUUUAUCAGUGUUUCCUUCACACGGAAUGUACUCGGGGCAUACAUCAAGGUCAUGGGAAUUCGUAGGGCUAGAUGAAGAAGAUGGUUAUUCAUCGAGAAAGCUUAAGAAUGGAGGAGAAAACUUGGCGUUAAGAGCUAAAUAUGGCAAAGAUGUCAUUAUAGGAGUAAUGGAUAGCGGUGUAUGGCCGGAAUCACCAAGCUUCAGCGACCAAGGAAUGGAUCCAAUCCCGAAAUCAUGGAGAGGAAUCUGCCAAGAAGGUGUCGCUUUCAACUCAUCCAAUUGCAACAGGAAGAUAAUCGGAGCUAGAUACUAUGUAAAGGGUUUCGAGGCUGAAUACGGGACGGUAAAUCCGACCGAGGACUUCCUCUCACCUCGAGACGCUGAUGGCCAUGGAACUCACACUGCAUCCACAGCGGCAGGCCGACAAGUUUCUGACGCUGCCGCUUUAGGUGGGUUUGCAAAAGGAACGGCUUCGGGUGGGGCUCCUUUGGCUCGCCUUUCCAUAUACAAGGCCUGCUGGGCAAUCCCUAACGAACCCAAGGCCGAUGGGAACACUUGUUUCAAUUCCGAUAUGCUUGCAGCUUUGGAUGAUGCCAUAGCUGAUGGUGUUGACAUAAUUAGCGUCUCCAUUGGAACGGAUGAACCUUUAUCUUUUGAAAAUGAUGUGAUCGGUCUCGCUGCCUUAGAGGCUUCCAAGCGCAACAUCCUCGUCGUAUGCAGUGCUGGGAACAGUGGUCCUGACCCCGGGACAUUGUCGAACCCUGCUCCGUGGAUAAUCACGGUUGGUGCUAGCAGUGUCGACCGGGCAUUUUCCGCAUCUGUUAAGCUACGCAAUGGAUUGAGUCUUCAAGGACCAAGUAUUACGCCAAACAAGUUGAAGAAGAUGUACCCAUUAGUUUAUGCAGGAGAUGUAGUUGACCCUGGUGUGGCGCGAAACCUAACAGGGCAAUGCUUUCCUGGUUCACUUGACCCGACCAAGGUGAAAGGGAAGAUUGUGGUGUGCAUGAGAGGGGACGGUCUGAGAGUAGCUAAAGGCUUGGAAGUGAAAAGAGCUGGAGGUGUAGGUUUUGUCUUAGCCAAUGACGAGUUCUAUGGAGAUGACAUGCAAUAUGACCCUCAUUUUCUUCCUGCAACUACUUUGUCCUAUGAUGAUGGGAUUAAGAUUCUUGAAUAUAUCUAUUCUACGAAGAACCCAAUGGCAAAGAUCAAUGCAGGAAAGACAAAAUUAAACUACAAGCCAGCCCCCUUCAUGGCUGAAUUCACCAGUCGAGGUCCAAAUGUGGUUGAUCCGUAUAUUCUAAAGCCUGAUAUAACGGCACCAGGACAUAAUAUUUUGGCAGCAUGGAGUGAAGCAUCGUCUCCUACAAAGUUACCGUUGGAUCACAGAUCAGUGAAAUAUAACUUGGAGUCCGGAACUUCCAUGGCAUGCCCUCAUAUCUCAGGUGCAGCUGCACUUCUCAAGGCCAUACACCCCCAUUGGAGUGUUGCUGCUAUCAAGUCUGCUCUCAUGACUACAGCCGCUAUAACCAACAAUUUAGGCAAUCCAAUUACGGAUUCCUACGGAUAUGAUGCAAAUCCCUUUCAAUUCGGUUCAGGCCAUUUCCAGCCAACCAAGGCAGUUGAUCCUGGACUUAUCUAUGAUGCCACGUACCACGACUACCUGCUCUACCUCUGCGCUGCUGGUCCAGAUGCUCUAGUCGAACUCAGCUCUACAUUCAAGUGCCCGGCUAACCCGCCUUCAACUCUCACCCUCAAUUAUCCAUCCUUCGCCAUUCCCAACCUUAAUACCCCCGUCACCGUUACAAGGACAGUCACGAAUAUCGGGAGACCUAAAAGCACAUAUCUCUUCUUUGUGGAACCGCCAUUAGGUGUUGUUGUAGAGGCGACGCCGAGUAUUUUGCGGUUCAAACGAAUAGGGGAGAAGCUGAGUUUCAAUAUUACAGUGUACCCUAGAAAUGAUCUCUCAGGGGAGAACUCUGAGUAUGGGUUUGGUUGGUAUAGUUGGGACGAUGGGUUGUAUCAUGUAAGAAGUCCAAUGGCAGUUUAUUUACCUUAAUUUUUAU